GCACGAACAGCAGCCGAGCACACACCAACGAAGAAGACAAGAAGCUGCAGCAACAACAUAACAAGGAAUUACACUUACACGGCUACUAAAGAGUCCGCAACCUCCCUAUUUGUGAAAUGCCGAAUGAAAAAAGGAAUAGCGGGACUUAUUUGUUUUUCUAGUGUGUUCAAGAUAGGUUUGACCGUGGGACCUUCAGGGUCAUCUGGUUGUCAGAUCUAAGGCAACGACCAAGCCUGGAGCCGGUAGGUUGGUCCAGGAGAUCUUUGAUGUAAGCUGGGGCGAGACCAUUGAGUCCGAAGGUGAGGGCAGCCUGCUGAGAUGUAUGCGGUGCACAGGCAAGCCCACACGCCCACCUCUGUGGAGUUCUCCGUCUACUGCAACUUCAUUUCCAACAAGGAGAAGAAUCUAGUUGUCGCCGGGACGUCACAAGUGUUUGUCUACAGGAUUAUCCACGAUGUGGAGAGUACAUCGAAGUCCGACAAGCCCUCAGAUGGCAAAGCUCGCAAGGAGAAGCUGGAGCAGGUGGCCAGCUUUUCGCUCUUUGGUAACGUCAUGUCCAUGGCCAGCGUGCAGCUCGUAGGAGCCAGCAGGGAUGCGCUCCUCCUUAGCUUUAAAGACGGCAAGCUGUCUGUGGUGGAGUACGACCCGGGGACACACGACCUCAAGACGCUGUCCAUGCACUACUUUGAGGAGCCCGAACUCCGAGAUGGCUUUGUACAGAACGUACACAUUCCUAUUGUCCGUGUGGAUCCGGAGAAUCGCUGUGCAGUUAUGCUCAUUUACGGCACCCAACUGGUGGUGCUGCCCUUCCGGAAAGACACGCUAACCGAUGAACAGGAGGGUGGGGUCGGAGACGGUCCCAAAUCCAGCUUCCUGCCGAGUUACAUCAUCGACGUCCGCGAACUGGACGAGAAGCUGCUCAACAUCAUCGACAUGAAGUUCCUCCACGGCUACUACGAGUCUACGUUGCUCAUCCUGUUUGAGCCUAACCAGACGUGGCCCGGGCGCGUGGCCGUGCGGCAGGACACAUGCAGCAUUGUGGCCAUCUCUCUCAACAUCAUGCAGAAAGUUCACCCUGUCAUCUGGUCACUGAACAACCUGCCGUUUGACUGCUCGCAAGUCAUGGCCGUUCCCAAGCCAAUUGGUGGUGUGGUGGUCUUCGCUGUGAACUCCUUGUUGUACCUGAACCAGAGUGUUCCACCGUACGGGGUGUCUCUUAAUUCCCAAACAAACGGGACCACAGCAUUCCCUCUGCGUGAACAAGAGGAGGUGAAGAUUACCCUGGACUGCUCCCAGUCUGACUUUAUUGCCCAUGACAAGAUGGUUAUCUCUCUGAAGGGGGGAGAGAUUUAUGUUUUGACCCUCAUCACCGACGGCAUGAGGAGCGUCCGAGACUUCCACUUUGACAAAGCAGCCGCCAGCGUCCUCACAACCUGUAUGACCACCAUGGAGCCUGGCUAUCUCUUCCUCGGGUCCCGCCUCGGUAACUCCUUGCUGCUGAAGUACACUGAGAAGCUGCAGGAGACGCCGCCGGACGAGGUGAGAGAAAAGCAGGACAAUGAAAAGGACAAAGACAAACAGGAGGAGCCGCCGAGCAAAAAGAAGAGAGUCGAAUCCUCCACUAACUGGACUGAUGAAGUGGACGAGAUUGAAGUGUACGGAAGCGAGGCCCAGUCAGGCACCCAGCUGGCCACAUACUCAUUUGAGGUGUGUGAUAGCAUACUGAAUAUUGGGCCAUGUGUCAAUGGCUCCAUGGGUGAACCUGCCUUCCUGUCAGAAGAGUUCCAGGGCAACGCAGAGCCUGACCUGGAGGUGGUGGUGUGCUCUGGCUUCGGCAAGAACGGGGCGCUGUCAGUACUGCAGAGGAGCAUCAGACCCCAAGUAGUCACCACCUUCGAGUUGCCAGGGUGCCACGACAUGUGGACUGUCAUCUCAUGUGAAGCCAAAGAAAAAGCAGCAAAGAGUGAGGAAUCAGACGACGGGGCCGAGAAGGAGAUGGGGGAGGACAAGGGAGAGGAAGAAAAGAAGGAGGAGGAAGGGAAGAAGACAGAGGAGGAACAAAAAGAGACGCCGCUGGAGGACGACGCCAAGAAGCACGGUUUCCUCAUUUUGAGCCGAGAGGAUUCAACAAUGAUCCUGCAGACCGGUCAGGAGAUCAUGGAGCUGGACACUAGUGGAUUUGCUACUCAGGGACCCACUGUGUUUGCUGGCAACAUUGGUGACAACAAAUACAUCAUCCAAGUCUCCCCCAUGGGCAUCCGGCUGCUAGAAGGGGUGACGCAGCUCCACUUCAUCCCAGUGGACCUGGGCUCUCCCAUAGUGCACUGCUCUGUGGCAGACCCCUUUUUGGUCAUCAUGACCGCCGAGGGAGGGGUCACCAUGUUUGUGCUGAAGACCGACUCGUACAUGGGAAAGACGCAGCGGCUGUCUCUGCAGAAACCACUGAUCACCAUGCAACCUCGGGUGAUAGCGCUGUGUGCGUACCGAGACGUGAGCGGAAUGUUUACCACGGAGAACAGAGUGAGCUGUCCCGUCUUGGAAGACACAACCAUGAAGAGUCUGUCUGAAGUGGAGACAGUCAUUCAGGACAUCAGUCACGCAAUGGACGAUGAGGAGGAAAUGCUAUAUGGAGAUUCAAGUACGGCCACAGCGCCCCCUAAGGAGGAAAUUAAUCGCACUUCUGGACAAGCUGCGUACUCUGGGAGUGAAGGAGGUCCCAUCAAAGCUGAGCCCACCCACUGGUGCAUGAUUGUGCGAGAAAAUGGUGUCAUGGAGAUAUAUCAGCUGCCAGACUGGAGAUUGGUUUUCCUAGUAAAGAACUUCCCCGUUGGUCAGAGGGUGCUAGUGGACAGCUCGUCCGGCCAAUCAGCAACGCAGGGUGAAGGGAAGAAAGAGGAAGUCACUCGUCAGGGAGACAUCCCGGUGGUCAAGGAGGUGUCUUUGAUUUCGCUUGGCAACAACCGCAGUCGCCCAUAUUUACUAGUGCACGUGGAACAAGAGCUCCUCAUCUAUGAAGCCUUCCCUUAUGAUCAGCAACAACCUCAGAAUAACCUCAAAGUGCGCUUCAAAAAGGUGCCCCACAACAUUAACUUCCGAGAAAAGAAGUCGAAGCCAAAGAAAGACAGGAAGGCAGAAGGUGGCCUCGCUGAUGACACAGCGGCCAAAAGUCGCAGUGAGAGGUUUAGAUACUUUGAGGACAUCUCUGGAUACUCAGGGGUGUUCAUCUGUGGACCCUCCCCUCAUUGGAUGCUGGUCACCUCUCGAGGCGCCUUGAGACUUCACCCCAUGACCAUCGACGGCACCAUUGAGUCCUUCUCCCCCUUCCAUAACAUCAACUGCCCCAAAGGCUUCCUCUACUUCAACAAACAGGGGGAGCUGAGGAUUAGCGUUCUGCCCACCUACUUGUCCUAUGAUGCUCCAUGGCCGGUGAGAAAGAUCCCACUGAGGUGCACCGUCCACUACGUCUCCUACCACGUGGAAUCCAAGGUGUAUGCUGUGUGCACCAGCGUGAAAGAGCUGUGUACGCGCAUCCCCAGGAUGACGGGAGAGGAGAAGGAGUUUGAAACCAUCGAACGAGAUGAUCGCUACAUUAACCCUCUACAGGAGAGGUUUUCCAUUCAGCUCAUUUCGCCGGUCAGCUGGGAGACAAUUCCCAACACACGGAUCGACCUGGAGGAGUGGGAGCAUGUGACCUGCAUGAAAACAGUGGCCCUGAGGAGUCAGGAGACGGUGUCUGGCCUUAAGGGCUACAUCGCCGCUGGGACCUGCGUCUUGCAGGGGGAGGAGGUCACCUGCAGGGGGAGGAUUUUGAUCCUGGAUGUGAUUGAAGUGGUGCCGGAGCCGGGUCAGCCGCUCACUAAGAACAAGUUCAAAGUGCUUUAUGAGAAGGAGCAGAAAGGCCCCGUGACGGCACUGUGUCACUGCAGCGGUUACUUGGUGUCGGCCAUUGGACAGAAGAUCUUCCUGUGGGUCCUUAAGGACAACGACCUUACCGGCAUGGCCUUCAUCGACACGCAGCUUCACAUCCACCAGAUGUUCAGCAUCAAGAAUUUCAUCCUGGCCGCCGACCUGAUGAAGAGCAUCUCGCUGCUGCGCUACCAGGAGUCGAGCAAGACGCUGUCGCUCGUCAGCAGGGAUGCAAAGCCCUUGGAGGUGUACAGCAUUGAGUUCAUGGUGGAUAACAACCAGCUCGGGUUCCUGGUGUCUGAUCGAGACAGGAACCUCUACGUCUACAUGUAUUUACCUGAAGCCAAAGAGAGCCUCGGAGGUAUGCGCCUGCUGAGGCGAGCGGACUUCAACGUGGGCUCCCACGUCAACACGUUCUGGCGCAUGCCCUGCAGGGGAGCUUUGGACGCCAGCACCAAGAAGUCUCUCACCUGGGACAACAAGCACAUCACCUGGUUUGCAACACUGGAUGGAGGGAUGGGGUUUCUCCUCCCCAUGCAGGAGAAGACGUAUCGCCGACUUCUCAUGUUGCAGAAUGCUCUCAACACCAUGUUGCCUCAUCACGCCGGGCUCAACCCAAAAGCCUUCAGAAUGAUGCACAAUGACCGACGAGGCCUGCAGAACGCUGUGAGGAACAUCCUGGAUGGGGAACUCCUCAACAAGUACUUGUAUCUGAGCAUGAUGGAGCGCAGCGAGCUGGCCAAGAAGAUCGGUACCACUCAAGAUAUUAUCUUGGAUGACCUCUUGGAUAUUGACAGAGUAACAGCUCAUUUCUAAGAGCCACAUUCCUGUAUUUUAUCUACUGAUUACUGUCUGUUUCAUACCUAAUUUGCUAUGACAUCAUGAUGGAAAACCUUUAGAUUUUUUAUUAAAAAAAGGUCAGUAAA